AUGCGCGAAACUGAAAGUCAGGGACAAGCACGAGCUCAAGCUUCCGAGUCUGGAGAUUUAAAAGCGCUGAUGCAGAAAAUGCAGAAUAAAAUAGAUAAUCUGGAGAGGCAGAUUAAGGCAAAUGCAAGAUUCAGCAGAGAUUCUUUUCAGAAGGAAGGCAAGCGGAACAGGGUAAAAUGUUACUACUGCUCAGAGGAAGGACACAUUCGGAAGAAUUGCCCAAAGUUGAAGAACAAAGCUCAAGACAAAGAAAAGGAUAUGCGGCGACAUGAAUCAAAGUCAGAUGGCGGAAGCGCAUUUCAAGUGCGCAGUAGACGUAAAAGAAAGAGAAAAUGUAAAAGCAAUGGCAAUGUUGGCGCAAACAAUUUGUGCGAGGAAGCAGGUAUCUUCAUUCAGGGAAAUGAGGAAAAACCUGUGCACAAGGAGAACGCACAACGAAUAUUCAAUGCUAGUGGUUCUGUUCUGUCCCAGUAUGGUAAAGCAACAUUUUCUCUCAAGAUUGGUGAGUCAGAUAGAUUUAUUGAUGCAGUUGUUGCAGAUAUUUCUGUGGACGGAAUUAUUGGACUUGAUUUUCUCAAGAAAUACAAUGGGCUGAAAGAUCUUCAAGAGAGUUUGCUGCGAUUGAAUUAUGAGACAUGCCCAUUUUCCUGGGAAGGCACACUAGGUUGUUACAGAGUCACUGCAGCCAGUGAUAUUUGCAUACCACCGAGGAGUGAAAUAAUUAUUUCUGCCAAUGUUACGGGAAAUAAUAACUAUGGAGGAGCGGAUUACUUAGUGGAACCAGAACGAAAAUUUAUUGAGAAAGGGCGUGCGCUAACCAGUGUGGUGCGCCACAAGAUAAACAUGGAGCAGGCUAAACAACCUAUCAAGCAAGGUCCUAGGCGAAUUCCGAUUCAUCUAACUUAUGAGGUAGAUGCACAGGUUAAGGAAAUGCUCGAGAAGGAUGUAAUAGAACCUUCAACCUGGGCAUCGCCAGUAGUUCUUGUACGCAAGAAAGACGGCACAAUGCGCUUUUGUGUAGACUACCGUCGAUUAAAUGAGGUGACCACAAAGGACGCUUAUCCUCUUCCAAAAAUUGAUGAGGCUUUUGACCACUUAUCAGGACACAAGAUGUUUUCUACGCUUGAUCUGAACAGUAGUUACUGGCAGAGAUUGCAUCAGGCUGGCUUAAAGUUAAAGGCCAAGAAAUGCAAUUUUUUUGCUAGCAAGGUAUCCUAUCUGGGACACAUCAUUUCCAAAGACAGAAUUGCAACCGACCCAGAGAAAGUGAAAGCAGUAGCUGAGUGGCCAAUUCCAAAUACUGUGACAGAGUUAAGAUCUUUCCUAGGUCUUUGUAGUUAUUACCGGCGCUUUAUAAAGAAUUUUGCAUCAGUUGCCAAACCAUUGCAUCGACUCACAGAAAAGGGAAGGAAGUUUCUGUGGGCAUAUGCUAGCCGUACAUUGUCCAAGUCAGAGAGGAAAUAUUGUGUGACCCGGAAAGAACUUUUGGCCAUUGUCCAUUUUAUUAAGCAUUACCGCCACUACCUUUAUGGUAAACAGUUUCUUAUUAGAACGGACCAUGGGUCUUUGAGAUGGCUUUUAAGAUUCAAAAACCCAGAGGGUCAGUUGGCAAGGUGGUUGGAAGUGAUCAGUACCUAUGAUAUGAAAAUAGAACACAGACCCGGUAAAAAGCAUGGUUAUGCGGACGCGCUGAGCAGAAUAACUUGCGCUCAGUGUGGGUUUGAUGCUUCAUCAUUGGAAAAUGCUGAGUAUGAUAUGAAAGUUGAACCAGCUGUACGAACUUUACAGUCAUCGGAUAUAAAAAGUGAAGAGAUGGAUUAUAGUCUGCAAGAGGCUCAGGAGCAGUGUAGAGACAUUAAGCUUGUAAAAACAUGGGUCGAGAAAGGUAAGCGACCAAGUUUCAGCGAUAUGUCUAUGCAUGGCUACGUAGUGAAGUCUUUGUGGAAUCAGUUUUCUAGACUUGCAAUAGAGAAUGGAUUGCUCAUGCGCAAGUGGACUCUGCUUCGUCCCAACAAAGAAGUUCAUCAAGCUAUCAUACCAGACCAAGAGCGCAGACGCGUCUUGGAAAUGUGUCAUGAUAACCAGACGUCAGGACACUUGGGGGUGAACAAAACGAUAGCUUAG